AUGACCGAUCCUGGAAAUGCAAAUACUCUCAGAAGGGGUGAACCGUAUGGUUUCCAGCUUCCGACUCCUAAUAUAAAUGCUUUUGAGGAAAGUUCUGAGCCAACAUCUUUUGCAGGAGGUCCUAUUAGACAUCGCAAAAAACGUAAUCAUACAAAUACACCAUAUACGCGAGUUGCUAGUUCACCUAAUCCAAACCCCCAAGGGACUCACUGGCUGUUGAACAUUGUUAAGAAAUAUAUCCCACAGCCCACCACUGAGGAUACAGCUAUGGAAAUAACUUCAACCGAAAACGAAACGAUCACGGGGAACAUUGUGCAAAGUUCUAUAGAAGAACUAAACAACGCAAUAGUGAGGCAUGAAGAACAACCCCAACAAUCACAAUUGGAUACAAUAACAAAAAUGAAUUUAAAGAGCAAAUUUAACAGAUCAAGUUCAAAGAUUGCUGCAAGAUUCGGUCGUAGGAUGUAUUCAAACCCUCUACACAGACGAGGGACUAUUCCUAGAAAAAGGGUUAAUCAUGUUUCAGCACGAGAAGAGGAUCUCCUUUAUCCGGAUGAGAUAAAUGGAUCAUUAUCAGAUAAAGAGCAACUCCUUGAAAUACCGGCGGAUUGGUAUAAGCCUUUCAAAAAUUUGGCAGUGAACGAUUCAUUUUCAACAUCAUCAUCAGGAACGUCGACACCUUCACAAGAACCGGACACAAGCAAAAAGUCUUUAUCCCAAGGGCCUCCUCUUAAGAAGUUUAAAUCAGAUCUUGUUCCAGACAUAAAUUGGUUCAACUAUCACCCUUCAGAGAAAAGAGUGUCCAUUCCUGCAAGUUCGACUUCGAAAAACCAAAAUAUUUCUAUUGAUGCCAAUUUACCGAAGGUUCCUUUCAGUAAUUCUUCGGUCACUGUUUCCAAACCAGAUGAUUCUGAAUCAUAUCUAAAAAAUGAUGAGGAACUUAGUACUACCCCUUUGGUACCACCGAGAUUCACUCAAAUUGUUGAUCAUACAGUAAAAAAUGAACAUUAUUAUAGUGAAGCAAAGAAAAAACUUGAUUUUACUACAAAUGGAUUAGUUAGCACUAUUUCUGCUUUCACACCUAUUUCAAAAGAUAUUUUAUCGUUCAGUACUCCUGUUAAUAAAUUAAAAAGAUCAGUUAAUCAGAAUAUUGACAAACCUCUGGAUAAACCGGUUGAAACCCCAGAUGUUACUGAACCAACUGUUGUUAAUAAUGAAAUCGAAGAGACGGAGCCCACUGAAGGUCAAGUGGAUAGUGAAUAUAAAGAAGGGGAAGAAAAUAAAGAAGUCCAAGAAAUCGAAGAAAACAAAGAAAGCGAAGAUACUAAAGAUGAACAAGAAAACAAAGAGAAGGAAAUCAAGGAAGACAAAAAAUAA